AUAGACAUUUUCAGGGGCUGCAGUGGUGCAGUUAGUAGGCACCCUGUAGCAAAAAGUCCUGGGUUUAAAACUGUACAUGUGUGUUCACUCCCACAGUCCAUAAACAUAACUGCUAUUUCUCCAUAAAUUGUUCUUGUGCAUGAUUGUUGUUGCGUUUAAUAUUUUAACUUCCUGUAACAUUUACUUUUGACCACCAGAGGUCCGCCUUUCACAGGAAAAGCUUUGAGACAGCGGCAAGCAGUAUCUGUUUGAAUCAAUUACAUCAUUCCUAAACUGUAAUCCUAAGCAAAGUGAGAUCCGAAAUUUGUUUAGCCGAAUUUAUUAUUUAUUGUUGCUCUGGUUGCAUAUCAAUGGAAGCAUUGGUUUAGCAUUAAAGGUUAUCUACUUGGCGUCAUCUUCUCUCUUUCUGAAAAGAGAAGAAACUUGGUGCGUAUCAGAUAAACUUAGAAAAACAGUUUCUUAUUUCGAUUAAUCGAUCUGAGGAAUAGCGUCACUGUUUACUCUGCUGCUCCUGUCCUGGAGUGCACAAUGUUUUCUCUCCACCCAGUUACUCCAAGCUGCCCCAGUUGUCUCUCCGCCCAGUCGGCGGGGCUGUGCGGGGAGAUAAGAGUUCAGGGUGUGCCUGUCUGCUCAUGAAGUCCGCCUCUCUCCGUCUGCGCGGCGCAGUUUCUCUUUUGAAAGAUGACUAGGCGCUGCGCAGAAGCGAAGCCGCGCUUCGCCUAACUUCCACUCAGUGUGACAUUUGUAAUUCCUGUGGGCGUUGCUGUUGCCGCUGCACUGGCACAGGGUAUUGUUGCUCAACUUUGAGAAGUAAAGUGGGUGGAUUUCUUUUCUCGAGCUGAGACGGAAUGUGCAGAUUCCGCGGCUGUUUCUCGCCUGUAUUCCCAGCGGAACAUCGUCGUGACUCCGGUCAAUCUACAGCGGCUAUCAGCGUCAUCAGCGACAAGCAUGCAGCAUGACGUGGAGUUGCACUUGUGCCUCUAACAGGCUGUUUACCUGCGUGGAGACGGGGCAAGGUUCCACGUCGUGUCCGUGCAGGAGCUUCAUGAGCUGCGGCCGUGCGUAACGCUGGCUCUCCAUGGAGGACCGCUGGACCGGCAAUCAACACGUUAAGUGACACUUGAAAGAUGAUGAACCAAGACCAAGAAGGGAUUUCCUUCCCGGUGCCGUCCUUCGGUGCUGGUCCCGACAGGGAGGCUGUCAGCGGGGAACAUUCCAGCAGCAACAGCGGCGGAGGUGGAGGAGGCAUUCCAGCAGCCGGGACUUUCUGGCAGGAUCCGCUGGUUGGAGGCAGCGGACACAGCCCGACCUCCGGGGACAGUCAGGUGGAAACCGGAGGCUUGCUGUCCGCCGGCAAGUCGUGCAAAAGCAGGCCGGUGACGGUGGCUUAUGUGGUGAACGGCGAGGCGAGCCAGCAGAAUAACGCGGAAAGCAUGGCUCUCCAGUGUCUGAAGGACGCCUGCGACAGGGUGGGCAGCAAGCUGGACACGGUGAACUUCAGUAAACUGGACUUUGGGGAGACCACGGUUCUGGACCGCUUUUACAACGCAGACAUAGCUGUUGUGGAGAUGACAGAUGCUUUCCGCCAGCCCUCGCUCUUCUACCAUCUGGGAGUCAGAGAGAGCUUCAGCAUGGCCAACAACAUCAUCCUGUACUGCGACACUAACUCAGAGUCUCUCCAGUCUCUGCAGGAGAUAAUUUGCCAGAAGAACACUACAUGUUCAGCCAACUACACCUUCAUCCCGUACAUGGUCACACCUCACAACAAGGUGUACUGCUGCGAGAGCAGCCUCAUGAAGGGCCUGACGGAGCUGAUGCAGCCCAGCUUCGAGAUGCUGCUGGGGCCCAUCUGCAUGCCGCUGCUGGACCGCUUCAUUCAGCUGCUCAAAGUGUCACAGGCCAACUCUCACCAGUAUUUCAGAGAGACCAUUCUGAACGAGAUCCGUAAAGCUCGGGAACUUUACACCGGCGUGGAGCUGUCAGCCGAACUGAGCCGAAUUCAGCAGAGGCUGGACAACGUGGAGUGUCUUUCAGUGGACGUGGUCAUCAACCUACUGCUGACAUACAGGGACAUCCAGGAUUAUGAGUCCAUUGUGAAGCUGGUUGAAACUCUCGAGAAGCUGCCGACCUUUGACCCCAUGGCUCAUCCACACGUGAAGUUUCACUAUGCCUUUGCACUGAACCGGAGGAACCUGCCUGGUGACAGACAGAAAGCGCUGGACAUCAUGCUGCCCCUGGUGGAAGGGGAGGAGCAGGUCGCGUCGGACAUCUACUGCAUGGUGGGCCGGAUCUAUAAGGACAUGUUCCUGGAGUCUCACUUCACCGACACUCAGAGCAGAGACAAAGGCACCCUGUGGUUUAAAAAGGGGUUUGAGUCUGAGCCAACACUACACUCUGGCAUCAACUAUGCGGUUCUCCUGCUGGCAGCUGGACACCAGUUUGACUCUUCGUUCGAACUCCGAAAAGUCGGAGUUAAACUGAGCAGCCUGCUGGGGAAGAAGGGCAGCCUGGACAAGCUGCAGAGUUACUGGGAUGUGGGCUUCUUCCUGGGCGCCAGCAUCCUGGCCUGCGACAACACCAGGGUCAUCCAGGCCUCCGAGAAGCUCUUCAAGCUCAAGGCUCCCAUCUGGUACCUGCGCUCUCUGGUGGAAACCAUCUUGAUCUACCAGCACUUUAAGAAGCCCGGCAGCGAGCCGCCGGCACCCAGACAGGAGCUGGUGGACUUCUGGAUGGACUUCUUAGUGGAAUCGACCAAAAAAGACGUCUCCUCUGUUCGAUUUCCUGUGUUGAUACUGGAGCCGACGAAAGUGUACCAGCCUUCGUAUUUGUCCAUAAACAAAGAUGUGGAAGACAACACCGUGUCCAUCUGGCACGUUGCUCCAGACGAUAAGAACAAGGGGAUACAUGAGUGGAACUUCGUUGCCACAUCUGUUCGAGGCGUCAGCAUCUCCAAGUUUGACGAACGCAGUGCCUUUCUCUACGUCCUGCAUAAUGCAGAGGACUUCCAGAUCUAUUUCUGCACAGAGAUGCACUGUAAAAGGUUCUGCGAUCUGGUCAACAGUAUAACAGAGGAAGCCUUUAAAUGUCCUGACGAAGGAGACUGUGACACUGAUGCCUUAGAGUACGACUACGAGUACGACGAACACGGAGAGAGGGUGAUCCUGGGAAAAGGCACGUUCGGCGUCGUCUACGCAGGCCGGGACCUCAGCAACCAGGUCCGGAUCGCCAUCAAGGAAAUCCCAGAGAGAGACAGCAGGUAUUCUCAGCCGCUGCACGAGGAAAUCGCUCUGCACAAACACCUGAAGCACAAGAACAUCGUCCAGUACCUGGGCUCCAUCAGUGAGAACGGCUUCAUCAAGAUCUUCAUGGAGCAGGUGCCUGGAGGGAGCCUGUCGGCACUGCUGAGGUCUAAGUGGGGCCCUCUGAAAAACAACGAGCCCACCAUCGGUUUUUACACCCGGCAGAUUCUGGAGGGGCUCAAAUACCUGCACGACAACCUGAUAGCUCACAGAGACAUUAAGGGUGAUAAUGUCCUCAUCAACACCUACAGUGGCGUCCUGAAGAUAUCAGAUUUUGGCACAUCUAAAAGAUUGGCUGGAAUCAACCCCUGCACUGAAACCUUCACAGGCACACUGCAGUAUAUGGCCCCUGAAAUUAUAGACAAAGGCCCAAGAGGAUACGGCAAACCAGCAGACAUCUGGUCGUUGGGCUGCACCAUCAUCGAGAUGGCAACUGGAAAACCGCCGUUUUAUGAGCUUGGAGAACCACAAGCCGCCAUGUUCAAGGUCGGUAUGUUCAAGAUCCAUCCAGAAAUCCCAGACACGAUGUCGCCGGAGGCCAAAGCGUUCAUCCUGCGCUGCUUUGAGCCCGACCCGGAUCGGCGCUCCACCGCCGUUGACCUGCUCACCGAUGAGUUCCUCACUGUCACCAGCCGCAGGAAGAAGAGCAGGACGGGCCUCGCAGCUCCUUCGUCUGGAUCAGAGUACCUGCGCAGCAUCUCCCUGCCAGUGCCGGUGGUGGUGGAGGACACCAGCAGCAGCAGCGAGUACGGCUCCGUCUCCCCCGACAACGACCUCAACACGAACCCGUUCAGCUUCAAGCCCAGCGUCAAGUGCUACAGCGAGAGAGACAUCAAGGGCCAGAGGCCGCUUUUCCUCAGCAUUCCAGUGGAAAACUUCGAGGACCACAGCGCACCUCCAUCUCCUGAUGAGAAAGACACCGGGUUCUUCAUGCUCCGGAAGGACAGCGAGAGGCGGGCCACCCUGAACCGCAUCCUGACCGAGGACCAGGACAAGGUGGUAGGAAACCUGAUGGAGGCUCUCACGCAGGGCUCUGAGGAAAUGAAGCUGAAGGCUCAGCACAUCUCCACCCUCGUCGUGAGUUUGGCCGGCUUUGUCCGCGUGGCUGACAGGAAAAUCAUCGCCACCACCUUGUCGCAGCUCAAACUGGAGCUGGACUUUGACAGCACCGCCAUCAGCCAGCUGCAGGUCGUGCUGUUCAGCUUCCAGGAUGCUGUGAACAAAGUGCUGCGAAACCACAACAUCAAGCCUCACUGGAUGUUCGCUCUGGACAACAUCAUCCGGAAAGCCGUGCAGACCGCCAUCACCAUCCUGGUGCCAGAGCUGAGGCCUCACUUCAGCCUGGCCUCAGAAAGCGAUGCGGCCGACCAGGACGACUUUGACGACGACGUGGAGCCCGUCAGAAACUCCACCCACCAGAGCCGCGUGCCCGCCGUCGUCGCCCAGGACGACACGGUGGCGACGUCCGGCGUGAGCACGCUCAGUUCCACCGUCUCCCACGAGUCCCACAACGCGCAGCGAUCCGUGAACAUGGAGCUGGGCCGCAUGAAGCUGGAGACCAACAGGCUGCUAGAAGAGCUGCUGCAGAAGGAGAGAGAGUAUCAGGCCAUCCUGCAACAAGUGCUGGAGGAGAGAGAGCAGGAGAUCCGACUGCUGAGGAUGCGAUCUGAGCCUGCAGAACCCCCCACUGCGUCAGAAAGCUUACAGGAUCGGAGACGUGAAGCUGGAGAGAGACACGAAGACCCUGAGCUGACCGGCUGGCUGAGGCUUUCCGGAGCUGACCAGGACGCUAUAGACAGAAUACUGAACGAGGAGUAUACUUUAAAUGACAUCCUUCAUUAUGUGACCAGAGACGACCUGAAGAGUUUAAGACUGAGAGGUGGAGUUUUGUGUAAACUAUGGAAGGCCAUCACUGACUUCAGGCAGAAACCAGCAUGACGCCUUUUCUACGAGAAGCCAACCUCGAUGUUACCUCAGUAUUUAUAGGAACAACCAGACGUUUAGGAGGAAAAAACCUGCCUUUAUUGGACAGCUUUCCAACCACACAAGAACCUUCUGGAGAUUUUUUCUAAUUUUCAAACCAAGAUUCUGGAUUUUAGGAGAUUUUUAAAACUAUUUUAAAAGAAAGUGCCACUUGUUUUGAUAGGACUGUUGGGUAGAAAACGCUGUUUUUGUUACAGAUCCACAAUGACAAAAUUAUUUAAAUGUUAGGCUUGUUUUUAGCAAAACAUUUUCUCCAGACUUAUCGUUACGUUUACAGAAGUGGAGACUGACCGCUUUUUAAAACGCCUGAGACACAAAAUACUACAUCCAACGUCGUCUAUACUAAUAUUUUUAUCGCAAAAUCUUAUCACUACUUUAUUUAAAUAAAUUUUAUUUAAUUAAACUGUGGAACAUGACAGUGCAUGCUCCUUGGUUUUAGUUUUAUUUUUUAUUUAAAUAUUUUCUUCACAUGUCCUUUUAAGGAGCAAAUUUACAGUUUUAUUGGAAAUUAUAUUCUUCUUGUAAAUAAUGUGUUAUACUUCAUCUGUGAAUGACUUUUAUGUACUUUAUAGAAGAUAUUGCUAAACAUAACUAAGCCUCCAUGUGAAUUGGACCAAGCCUGCGUUAUGAAGACAACGGGGAAAAUGACGUGUAUAUUAUUGUAUUUUCCAGUCUCAGCUGUCAUAGGAAGAAGUAGCAUUCAGUUGGUAAUUAAUUAAUAUAACAUGAUCUCAUCAUUGGCUUUUGUUGUUGUACACCGGCACAGUUGUAUUUAUAUCCUGCUUGUAAUCCUUGAAUCUGAUGUAUUUUGUGGUGAAAUGAAAACAGAUUUCUCUUUUAUGGAUCUUUUUUAACUAUUUUCUCUGAAAUGGCGGAAAUAAUCAUGAACAGAUUGUCAGUUUCAUUUUAUAUUCAAGAUGAUUCAAGAUUUUUGUGUCAUUGUUAAAAUAAAAAUGUUUAUGUUGAAGCUGUGAAAAAAGUGUGAAGUGUAUUUACAUUUCCCUGCUUUCAUAGGCGAUCAUACACUGAUGUAAAAUUUAAAUGUUUGCAGCUAAAAGUACCCGAAAAGUAACUGCAAAGGUAUGAGUAACUGUACCACAGUGUGAGAACUAUGGCCAGUUACAGACUUGAGAAUAAUUUCUCAACUUAAAUUAGCAAUUCUAAUAAAUCUGUACAAAUUAAAUAUA